AUGAGCUCUGCGGGCUGGCGGCUUCACUCGGAGCUGGUCGCGGUCAUAGACAGACUGGUGCAGGCGGCUGUGGCUGAGCUCAAGCGACUAGAGGCGAAAAGAUUGGAUGCAAACAGCCAGCCUCAUAUCUUGAUGCAAUUUACGUCUUUAAUGGAGACUCUGGGCACUGAAGCUUUGGGGAAAAUCCUAAGCAUUUUGGACACAGCCAGAGUUGAACUGAAACUGGACAAACUCGACUAUCCUGCAACAGCAAAGCCCCAUGUUGUGUACAUACUUCAGAGUUCCAGGGUGGGGGAGGAGCAUUCGUAUGGUGCAAUUCACAACAAGAACCAGGGCCAUCCCAUUAACAAAGACCACUGCUAUGGAACGUACAAUAAGAUACAAUCAGACAAAUUUCCAGUGACUCAAGUGUGUGACUCAGCGGAAGAAGACUCUGCAAAGGCAGAGAUCAUCCCUGCCACUUGUCUACAAGACAAAUGUGGACAUUUUAAUAUAAGCACUGAUAACAAAAAGAGGCAGCGCUCAAUCAAAACAAAGCUCAGGAAGUCAAAGAUUAAACCUCAAGACCUCAAGACUCGAAUGGAUAUGGACAUGACUGAAUCUCUAACAAAUAAGGAACCUUGCUUACAAAGUGCUGGAGAGAAUAACCCUACAACCUUUACAUCAACUUCUCUUGCCCCUCCCUUCCUACCAAAGACCGAGUGUGCUAUGUGUGACAUAAGUUUCAACAGCGAGUCUGCCUUCAGAGCACGCUCCUUGAAGACGCACAUGUAUAAGCACACAGAAGAUUAUCCCUUCAAAUGUCAGGAGUGUGGCAAGGGCUACAUUGACGGAGACAAGCUGAUGGGGCACCUGAGUGUUCACACAGGGCUCAAACCCUUCGACUGUAAGGUGUGUGGAAGCUCCUUCACAGCUAAGACCAACCUGCAUCGCCACAUGCGCUCUCACACCGGCACCAAACCCUACACCUGUGCAGAGUGUGGGCGGAGCUUUACACGCUCCAGGACUCUCAGAGAUCACAUGACUAUUCAUUCUGGAGUACGUCCAUACAAAUGCUCUUCCUGUGGCCGCACCUUCAACCACAAAGUCAAUCUAAUUGUCCAUGAGCGCAUCCACACUGGUGAGCGGCCAUAUCUCUGCUCUAUCUGCCCCAAGGCCUUUCGCACCACUGUGGCACUACAGGUUCACCAGCGCGUGCACACAGGGGAAAAGCCCUACAUUUGUGAUGUUUGUGGCCGAGCCUUCAGCCAGCAGAGCAGCCUGUGCGUGCACAGACGCGUGCACUUAAACGAACGCAGCUACGUCUGUCACGUCUGCAGCAAGAGCUUCAACAACCCCCAGAACCUCAAGCUGCACAUGCGGGUCCACAGUGGAGAGCGGCCUUAUGCUUGUGGACUGUGUGACAAAACCUUUGUCCAAAAUGCACACUUACACACACACAUGAUGCACAUGCACUCUGGAGUCAAACAGUGCAUGUGUGAGCACUGUGGUAAAGUCUACGCCGACAGACGCACUCUCAGAGUGCACAAGUGUGUGUAUAAAUGA